GUAUGUCCACGUCAGGGUUUUAGAGCGCACUCGCGGCGCAUUAUUUUCUGAAACACUGAUCAGCGAUAGCCUAUACGAUGGGGUUCCGUUCAUUUUUUUUGCUCUCCACGAGGGGAACUUCCAUGUCUGCCAUCUUGCUCACUGCAGUGCCAAAUGCAAGUGAUAAUUUAUUUUUGAAAAUGGAAUUAGAUCAUGACUUAUUAUUGUGGACAACUACAAAUAAUGUAUCUCAAUUCUACAUAUCUUGUUUUUAAUUGAUUUUAAGCUUUCCCUGAAAACAUGAAGAAAUAAUGGAAUUUUGUUUUUCCAACACACUACUUUAUUUCACCCGCCUCAAGCUCCUCAUGAUUCACGAGUCAUAUAAACCACACUGGUACUGCACAAAUCGUCGACUGAAAGCGUGGCCGCAACUAACCAUGCUUCUUCAAGGGAAACACCGUAACUACGUAACAAAUUUGGUGGAGCAGCUGAUUGAACAAGUCGGAAGGCGAAUAAUGUUCUUUUCUUUCUUUUUUUUUCUUUUCCCCAAAAAUAUCGUUUGAAACACCAAGUUACAAAACCGUGAAUAUAACCAACCGGCGUGAAUGUGAUAUAUCCUCCGACGAUAUGCUGGCUUGCCAAAACUACGGACUCAAACGUAUAAUGUUCCUUAAUUUGCUAUCAAAACGUACACUGAAGGAAUCCUUGAUUAUUUCACAAGGUGUUUGUAUUUCUUUCUUUUGUGUUUUCCGUAUUUUCAGCCUUCUCUCUGUGUCUCGUCUUUCCCUUCUUGCACGGGUGCACGAAGAAGAGACCUGCUGGGGUUGUCUGUUGCAAACAAGUUGAAUUCUUUCCAUCAAAUCAUACCGGAAAGAUACCCAUAUUAUCAAGAACACAUCUAACAACACUUCUACCCAUCCGUGGAUCAAGAGAAGCUGCAAGAUGAUACAGAACAGCAUCGGCCCGUUGUUCAGUCUUCGAUUUUCUCUUUUUAUCUCUCUUUGUCUAUUUUUCUCUCUCUCUCUUUGUGUCUUGUUUUGUUCUCUAUUUUUUUCUAUUUCAUUCCAAUCAACAUGCCCAUUUUGUGUCAUCACAUCCAAGUGCAUUUGUCCGACUACGCCCAUGUUUCCACAUUGUCUCUCAACCGUCUCUUUCAUUCCACUAUGAUCGAUGGUAAUGAAAUGAAGUGAAUCAAUCUCCAGGUUAUCAGCACUAACUACACACUCCUCGCUCAUCUCUAUCGCCAUUCAUUGAAAAUCGAAAAUAUAAAAAAAAAAAAUCAGUCACCAAAGCUCUCAAUUAAUCCAUUUUAUUUUUCUAUUUAUUUUUUAUUUAUUUUCAGGAUCUCUAUUUCUCUCGCAUAUUUUUCUGUUCUCGUUUUCGUUCUUUUUAUCUCUUGAAAUUACCAAUCCCUGAAAAAAAAUGACACGAAACAUUGAUUGCUCCCCUGCCUCUUCUGCGAGAUCAUUUCCAACUGAGCAUUAACCUACUACUACACUGCCACAAGUCCUCCACAGUAGCGAAGUGUGAAAUGAACUCAUAAUCUCAUAAUGAUGAUGAUGAUGAUGAAGAUGGGGGAACACGCCGAAAAGAUACGAAAGUACAGCCGUACAUAACCCAACCGGUGUACGAUCUUCGCCAAUCGGGAGACGUUGUCUUUGGACCGGGAACAAGAUCCGCUCUGCUGGGUAUCCUGGGUGGAGCCUUGCCACGUUUGACCACCGAGCAGCAUGAGUUGGUCACCCGUGCCAAAAAGUACGCUAUGGAGCAAAGCAUCAAGAUGGUCCUGAUGAAGCAAACGCUCGCCCACCAGCAGCAACAGCUGGCCAGUCAGCGCACCCAGGUUCAACGUCAACAGGCGUUGGCUCUUAUGUGCAGAGUGUACGUUGGAAGCAUCUCGUUCGAGUUGAAGGAAGAUACAAUUCGUGCUGCUUUUCUUCCGUUCGGUCCAAUAAAGUCGAUCAACAUGUCCUGGGAUCCGAUUACCCAGAAGCACAAAGGAUUCGCUUUUGUAGAAUAUGAAAUUCCGGAAGGGGCUCAGCUUGCAUUGGAACAAAUGAAUGGGGCAAUGUUGGGAGGGCGUAACAUUAAAGUCGGUCGCCCAAGCAACAUGCCACAGGCUCAGCAAGUGAUCGACGAAAUCCAAGAGGAAGCGAAGAACUACAAUCGUAUCUACAUUGCAUCCAUUCACCCGGAUUUGACGGAAGAGGACAUCAAGAGCGUGUUUGAGGCAUUCGGACCUAUCGUUACGUGUAAGAUGUCCCAGGGUAGUGCAGCUCAUACCCAUAAGGGAUACGCAUUCAUCGAAUAUCAGACCAAUCAGUCGGCAAUCGAAGCCAUUGCCAGCAUGAACCUCUUCGAUCUGGGUGGACAACUUUUAAGGGUUGGUCGUUCCAUUACACCACCAAAUGCGUUGAUGGGCCCGGCAGCUAACUCGGCAAUGCCAACAGCGGCGGCAGUCGCUGCAGCUGCUGCCACAGCUAAAAUCCAAGCUAUGGACGCCGUUGCAACAAACGCCGUGCUAGGCCUAUCGGCAGCAACGCCAACUCUUAAGGUUGGCCUCGGAACGUUGCCCAUCACACAAACCAUGACGACGGCUGCCAAUGCCAACUUGGUCGCACAGGCUCAGCUCGCGGCCGCCGGACAAGCGGCUGUUAUUACGCAGCCCGGAUUGCUCGUACCACCAGUUGCGAAUGUUGCCAGUUUGGCACCAUCUUUGCUGGUCAAUCCGGUUCUGGCUAGUGCGGCCAAGCCCUUGCAAUCAGUAUUAAGCGCAGCGAAUCCGGCUGCGGUUGCUGCUGCAGCCGCUGCCGCUGCGGCCGCGGCAGCAGCUGCUGCUGCCAAUCCUAAUGCAACGGCGGAAGAAGUUUUCAAAAAAGCUCAAGAAAAACAGCAGGAAGAGUUGCAGAAGAAACUUCUUGAAGAAGGAGAACCGCAAACGUUGCAACAGCAGGAAACAAUGUCCAUCAAGGGGCAAAGCGCACGUCACCUGGUUAUGCAAAGGCUCAUGCGGCCUCGCGAGAGUAAGGUUGUAAUCCUGCGCAACAUGGUUGGGCCAGAGGAUGUCGACGAAACGCUACAGGAUGAGAUUCAGGACGAGUGUGGUAAGUACGGUAUUGUGGAGCGGGUCAUUAUCUACAAGGAGCGCCAGUCCGAAGGCGAUUACGCCGAGGACGACAAUACGGAUGUGAUCGUUAAGAUCUUUGUUGAGUUCUCUCAGGCCACCGAGGCAGAUAAAGCCCGUGAAGCACUCCAUGGUCGCUAUUUCGGUGGCCGUCUGGUCAAGGCCGAAUCGUACGACCAAGCGCUCUUUGAUCAUGGUGAUCUGUCUGGUUAGAGAAACGCCCAAUGCAAAUUGACAAAGAGCGUGACCACACUCUGAUCCAAAACUGAAUCCCCGAAUGUGAAGCGUCUCGUAUGAAAUGUUUCGAGCAAACUUAGCUAUCGCCCUAAAGCGCCAGUCAGGAUUAAGAAUAAAGUGUAUGAUCUAUUUUACGUUUCAUCUAUUUACCUACGUGUUGCGAGAGCAUGAAAAGAGCAAGACACGAAUACAACCCUGCGAAAUUUACACCUAAGGACAACAAAAGGAUCAACAUUGAAACGAUUAUGAUUUUCAAACAAGAAAGCAAUUUAUUAUCCCUACUAAUAUAAUUGUAUAUACACAAUUACGCUUCUCUUCAGUAACAAAUAAAUUACGCUAUAAUUUUAAAACUGA